GUCAGGUACUUGAAGACGAAGCUCUGGCCGUGACGCUGUGCGCAUGCGUGACGUUCCGGUCAGCAACAUCCACUGUCAACGACUGAUGGCUACAUGACUUUGGCAAUGCAGAGCCCGCUUGGAAUGAAUGAGCAUGCACUCGCAUAUGCCUCGCGGAUAGGGAGUCACAGCACACACAACUAGAUGCAAACCAAAUGUUUGCGAGUACGACUAUAUUGAGGUUUGCAGGCGUGAAGAAUAGCCAUGCAAGCAGAUACGUUGUCUUUCAUCACUUCCAACCGCCAAUAUAUAAGGCGAAGUGCUUGUCUUCCCCAAAGUACGGCCCAUUCUUAUUCUCAUGCUCUUCACUGUCACUCUUUUCGGGCUCGCUGCUUCGGCGAUAGUGAACGAGAAACGCGGCUCCAGCGGUGGACCCGUUGUCGAACUCGAUACGGCCACCGUGACUGGGUCUGAACUGCUCGGUAUUGACACUUUCAAUGGCAUUCCCUACGCUCAACCUCCUGUCGGUAACCUUCGCCUUCGUCCACCACAGCCAAUAACCAGUAACUUGGGCGCUGUGUCGGCUGUCGGCAUCGCCAAGUCAUGCCCUCAAGUACUCUUGAGCAGUAAUCUCAAUAUCAUGCCUCCUGGCAUUCUUCAGACAUUGCUCAAUACACCAUUGAUAAACAAGGCUACGCAGCAAUCUGAAGAUUGUCUCACCCUGAACAUUCAACGACCUUCCGGGACCAAGCCAGGUGACAAACUUCCGGUCUUUUUUUGGCUUUUCGGCGGAGGAUUUACACUGGGCGGCACAAAUACAUACGACGCAUCCAGCAUCAUCAGGGCAUCUAUGCCAGCAGGUCCAGUAAUUUUCGUUGCUGCGAACCACAGGAAUAGUGCUUGGGGCUUUUUGGCAGGCAAGGAAGUACUCAAAGAUGGUGCUGCCAAUCUGGGUCUGCUUGACCAGCGUCUUGCCCUUGAAUGGGUCGCAGAUAAUAUCGCCAAAUUCGGUGGUGAUCCAUCAAAGGUGACGAUUGGAGGCGUGUCUUCUGGCGCCAUUAGUUGUUUUGACCAAAUGGCUCUGUACGGCGGAGAUAACACAUACAAGGGCAAUCCCUUGUUUCGUGGCGCCAUCAUGGAUUCUGGAUCGGUCAUCCCAGCAGAUCCUAUCGACGGCUCCAAGGCCCAAGACAUUUACAAUCGAGUCGUGAACGCAGCUGGGUGUGCCGAUGCUUCAGAUACGCUACAGUGCUUGCGCGAAGUCCCGUAUGACGCCUUCCUGCAUGCGGCGUCGUCGGUGCCUAGUAUCUUUGACUACUCGUCUGUGGCACUCAGUUUCCUUCCUAGACCUGAUGGUAAGGUUUUGCCGGAUUCGCCUGACAAGCUUCUCCAGCAAGGACAGUAUGCAAAAGUCCCACUCAUCAUCGGCGAUCAGGAAGAUGAAGGGACGCUCUUCUCCCUUAUGCAGCAAAACCUCACUACAACGGAGGAGUUGUCAGACUACCUUCAAAAGUACUUCUUCAUCAAUGCUCGUCGCGAAACAAUCGAUGCCCUUGUUGCCACUUACCCAGAUGACCCUACUGCCGGUUCGCCAUUCCGCACUGGAUACUUCAACAAUUUUUAUCCUCAGUUCAAACGACUUGCGGCAUUGCUUGGGGACAUUGUGUUCACGCUCACACGUCGCGUCUUCUUGGAGAAUUACUCAAAGGAGGUGCCCGAAACUUGGAGCUUCCUGUCUUCUUAUUUUUAUGGCAUUCCAAUCCUGGGCACCUUCCAUGUGAGUGACAGCAUUGCACUCUUUUACACGCAUGGCUACGCUCAAUCAACGCUUCAGCGCUACUACAUCAACUUCAUCAACAAUCUUGACCCGAAUGUUGGUUCUUCACCCAGCAUGCAGUGGCCAUCUUGGACCCAAACUCAGCAGUUACUCAAUAUCGAAGCCUUCUCGAGCAAGCUAAUCCCGGACACCUUUAGAUCCGACAGUGCCGCUGUGCUGCGCGACAAUAUCGGGUCUUUCAAGAUCUAGACUGAAAUUGAUAUGAUUAGCGUUUCACUUGUCCGUAUGUAUGUGAUAGUCUGGCAUGCAGACUCGAAGAAAGAGAGACAUUUGACCAUGAUGAUGGGACCACGAAAGGACUCGCCUGAUUCUUUGCGAAGAAUGAUCUGCGCCACGCAACCGCAGCAGUCUCUAGCAGCUGCACAAACAAGAGGUCAGAGGAUGAGCAAUGAGCAGCUCUGCUCCGCGGGCUUGGCUUUGGAAGAGUGGUUGUACCAACAAAGUGACUGCUCCGAUGAGAUAAAAUUAACUGGGCUCGCGCCGCUCGUCUCUUCGACAGCGCGGUCACGGCGACGUGCCUAUGAUUUGAACCUCUCCAUUGAGUCUUCAAAGGCUUGCACUGCGCAUUGACUGAUCAGCCCUCAAUUUCCACAGCCUGGGAU